AUGCUCGAGAAUCGUGAGCUCUACCACGACAUGUCGCUCAAGUACUUGAUGACAGCCGUUCCACAGCUGCUCGCAGCUUUGUUGCUGCUCUACUACGCCUGCACUUUUUCAAGAGCCUCAAGUGCCUUCAUACACCGCAUGCUUGUAAACUCCUGUCUGCAUCAAGGCGUAGCGAGUCUCAUGAUGGCUUCACUCCUGUUCUCGGCCUUCCACGUGUCGCUCAGCGUGUGCUGCUCAUUUCCAGCUUUCUGUCCCGUAGAUCCAACAGCCUCGCAGCUCAGUCGAAUCGUGGCCUGUCCGGAGUCCGUAGCGCACCUCACACACUACAAUCUGUACCCAAGAUUAAUCCACUGCUGCGCUACGUUCACUAUGUCGCUCGCCUUAUGCAGCAUCGAGCCUGCACACAUCGCGAAGGACCUCAACUCAAGAGUACGUCGUGCCAAGUUCAGCACCUUCUCCCGACGUGAAACUGAGCACGAAGCUUCUGCUUUUGUUGUCCUCUAA